AUGUCAACAAUAUUUUUUUUAGUUUUUUUACAGACAUAGUUUGAAUGCAUCCUUUGAGACAGCUCAUCAAUGGUGUUUAUAGAUUCUUAACAAUUUAGCUUACGUUUCAAAUCGAUGAAUGUAUUUUGAAUCCAUUUUUAUAGAAUAAGCUUUAGUUUUAGUGAAAAACGUCAAGUUUCUAUCUAGAGACAUAGUCUCGUCUAUCUAAGUUUACAUCAGUUUGAUUCGACAAAAUGGAAAGGAAAACAUCCACAAGUCGGCAAAAAUGGCGAGAAGGCUUUCAGAAAUCAAAGACACAAAAAUCAAUCGACUUUUCUAGGAGAACAUCAAGCCUGCUUGAAGACGAAACCAGUGAUCAGGAACUACAGGAAUACCUGGAAAGUUUGAAGAAAAAAUCUGGAAUCAAAAGAUUGUGGAGUGGCGAGAAAUUUGACAAAACAGUACGAAAUGAAGAAGACAAGACUCCAGAUAUAUCUAUCUCCAGUUCAGACAGUGAAUUAGGUGAUAAAGACCUAAAAGACACUCCAACCAACUCAAUCACAGAAAAAGGCAAUGAUUCAGACAAUGAUUUUAGGCCAAACCUUGUGAUGUUUCCUGAUUCUCCAAAAGAUGAUCUGGAUGAAAACUCAGAAGCGUUAUUCCAUGGUGUCCAACUUGCUGACUUUGAACUCAGUGACAAUGAAGACAAACUACCCACUCUUAAUAAUGAUACUCCAUCUAAAAGUACAAGUAUUAGCGAACCCAAAGAUAUCAAAAAUGUUUUGAAUAAUUUAAACCUUGCAUCUGAUGUUGAAACAGAGGAUGAUGGAGUUGUGGAGGAAAUUGAAGAUGAUAUUGAUGAAGUUUUGCCUUCUUUGAAUCGAAACAAAACUCCUGAGAACACUAGACCAAAUGAUCAAAGUAUACGUCAUAGCAGUCCUGAACCAACUCCAACACCAAGGGGACUAAGGUCCCACAACAAGUCAAGAAGUCAGUCUAGAAGUAAUGCAAGUUUUGAACAUUCUUACACCAUGGACUUCUCAACAGCUGAAGAGGUUUCAGAAAGAGAAACUGUGUCAUCUCAUAGGUCAAGGUCAAGUAGGGCCUCAAGGUCACGUCACUCAUCAACAUCAAGCCAUUCAUCAAGGUCAAGCAAUUCAUCAAGGUCAAGUCACUCAUCAAGGUCAAGUCAUUCUUCAAGGUCAAAAAUUAAGCAUUCUAAGUCACAUACAAGAUCAGGAUAUAGUUCCAGGUCGAGUCUUGCCUCUGAGAGACAUCAUGAAAGCUCACAACAAUCGAGAUCAAAAAGAGUUAAGGAUGCAGCAAACAGAAAUAGUCAUUUGUGUGAUGCUUCAGUGCAGACUGGCCUUGACCUUGAACUACCACCAUCAGGUCUAGCUGUUGGCAUGGCAACAUCCAAUCRGAAGUUUGGAAUGCAAUACGUUGAUCCAUCUCCCAUAGCAACACAUGUUGUCUCGCCUGAGGCUCUGGAAGCUAUGACAGCCUAUAACCCAGCAGUAGUUGCCUUGACGGAUAUGCUGAAACAGCAAAUUAGGCUUGUGGAACAGUUUGUAGAAGCAAACACCAGAAUGUACCAGGCAUAUACUUCUAACCUUAAUUCUGAGUAUCGUUACACAACACUGGAGGAUACUCUAGAGUUCAUCAAAGCAAACAGACCAAAGACUCUAUCAAUGAAGGAUGCUCUUAAACAAGUAAAAGAAGAAGAAUUGUGAUUCUUACUUGCAAAAAGCCGAUACAAGUUGCAGUUCUAAUGACACUGGGGAGAAAAGCACUGCGCACGCUCGGAAGACGUGACAAGGGGUAACUUUUAAGUUUUUUGAUGCCCUGUUUUGAGUCUUGCAAAAAAUCACAAAAGGUUUUUUCUUAUCACAGUGCCAUAAUAGUCUUAUUUUCAACACCCUACUAAAGUAUACACAAAAACAGUUUUUUUCUCCUUUCUUUUCUUCGUGAGAAGCAACC